GGCUGGAUAUGGAGGAGAAGGCAUGAAAAGCUUUGAUGACAGCCUUGCCCUCCAGUCAGCAGAAGGAUGGAACAGACAGAUGCCUAUUCCAGUGGCACACACCCCUGCUCCUUCUUCCUACGCGGAAGUGAGUGAAGUAAACAGACAAAUAAUAGUAGCAGGAUCUGUUGUCGUGCUUCCGUGUUGGCUUUCAGCAGCGUACAGCUUACAUUUCGGCUGUGGUUUUACGGUUUCCUUCAUUGUACGUUACCGGAUUUUCUCCACUCUUCUCUGCGUAACGAAAACAUCUUGCCUUUCAUCCCCUAAAAAUAUCAGCCUGAUGAGGAAAACUGAUAAAACAUUGAUUUCCCCUUUUGGCCCAUCUGUAUCUUUUGACACUUUGCUCAUAAUUCUCGUCCUGUGGAAUUUGUGGUUUGGAUAGUCAAAGGUUCCUUUUCGGCUGCCCGUGUUGGCCUUAUAAAAAUUCUCUUUCCCUUUUCAUUUCUUUCCAGUGUGCCUACUUCCUAUGUAGUGAGAGAGCUUCAGUUUCCUUCGACUUCUUCCCCAUGCAUCCCAUCCCUCAGCAGAUGCUAUAUUCUGCACUGGUGAGAUGUUCUACGGGAGCCAAUAUCUACACAGCUCUGUGCUUGCAACCAGCGUGGAGCUCAGCAAAUUCCAAUCCAGCUACACUGC